AUGAAUCCCAGGAUCUCUUUCACCUGGGCGAUAUGUGCCCUAUUCGGAACGUACGUCGCCGCUCAAUUAGCAUCGGGAGGACUGUGGAAUGGUUCAUCAUUCCCCACCAGUGCGUACAGUAACCAUACGGACGAAAAUAAGUUAUCAAUAGACCAGGAGAAUGGUAGGGGGGAUGCUUCUCCUGAAUAUUAUUCUGGCAUAGAGGUAGAUGGUACAAUAGCACACACCCCACUAAAUGUGCCUCCACCAAAUGCAGACAAUCCUGCAGGGCAAGGUCAGUCACCUCAACAGGUUGAUCAGGCGACUAGCAAUACCACAGGCAUUGCUGAUGCCCCCGCGAGCAAGCGGAUCGAGAUCGAAGUUAGGUCGGCUUUGCUCAAAGACCACGAUGGAGUAAAAAUUACAGGGACGUGCAACGCCAAUUUCCAAGUCUUCCUUGUUCCACAUAUAUCAAUAAGUGUCGAGGCCGAGAGUAACACAAUUCAGAUAAGUCGGAUGAUAGAAAAUGUAACGACUACCAAGGAAUGGGACAAAGGGGACGGGAACUCUUCGCAGCCAUUACAAUUUGAAGAAAAUAUUGAUUCCCUUCUCAACCAAUGCACAGAGGGAAGGACGUUUAAAUUUAUAGUGAUCAUUAAGGGGAAGGAGCUCAUCCUGAAGUGGAAGGUCUACGAAGAAAUACCUUCGGCAACGGAAAACAACAAGGUGGACGUGAGGAAAUAUGCACUGAAGAACCUGGGCCUUCCAAUUACGGCUAUACAAGUGCACAGCGGGAAGGAGGACAGCAACCUCUUCUUGUUAAAAAGCAAAGCGUACUUCUUGCGAAAGAACAUUCCAAGAACGUGCGAGCGGAUCGUUACGAGCUGUUACCUCAGCGGAAACGUAGACAUUCAUAAAUGUUUUCAGUUCACUUUGCUCAUGGAGAAUCACGACAUGACGAAUGAAUGCUCCAAGUAUGUGUCUUCCGAAGUCACCGAUAAAUUUAAGGGCAUAAAAAUAGAAGCUCAGGAUAAUGUUGAUCCGGAGGAAAUCCAACUCAGGAAAACCAUCGACCGUAUCUUGAAUUGGAUUUAUAGAAUCGAUGAGGAUGGAAAGAAGGUGUUAAUAAUGCAGGAUGAGUUAGAUCUCUCCAUGAAAGAGGACCUAAUAACUUACUGCCAAAUAAUGAAAAAGGUUGAUAAAAGUGGUACUCUAGAAGAACAUCAGAUAGGUAGCGAAAUGGAUGUGUUAACGAACUUGAAGGGCCUACUGAAAAAUCAUUCGCACGAAGAGCUACCUACAUUGGAGGGUAAGUUAAAAAUCCCCGCCAUCUGUAUGAAAGAUGCAAGUAAGUGGGUAGUGAAUAAACGCGGACUGGUGUUGCCUCCCUUUGAAUACAAGCAUUUACAAAGAAGAGUUAUUACCUCUGUGGAUUCACAGGAGGAAAAUAAAUUAGCAGACAAGGAAGACGUUAUCAAAGACAUGCACAUGCCUGGCUACCGCGCUGUUAUUGAUCUUUCGCAAAAGGGCGGGGUGAACCAUUCAGAUCACUCAGGGGAAAUGUUUUGCAAUGAAGAUUACUGCAACAGGUGGAAGGAUAGAAAUAGUUGUUUCGCACGCAUAGAGACAGAAGAACAAGGCAAUUGCAACCUUUCUUGGCUAUUCGCUUCGAAAUUACAUUUAGAAACUAUAAAAUGUAUGAAGGGGUAUGAUCAUGUAGCUACUUCUGCGCUGUAUGUGGCUAACUGUUCCAGUCGGGGAAAUAAGAGUAAAUGCAUUUCUGGAUCGAAUCCGUAUGAAUUCCUCACCAUCGUUGAAGAAAAUGGGUUUUUACCACCGGCGUUGUUGUUGCCCUAUUCCUAUGGGAAGGUCGGAAAUACUUGCCCCAAGCAGGAGGAUCACUGGCAGAAUCUGUGGUCCAAUGUGAAACUGUUGGAACCCUCAUAUGAGCCCAAUUCGAUAAGCACAAAAGGGUACACAUCCUACGAAAGCGACGACUUCAGGGGGAAUAUCGAGAGGUUUGUCAAUCUGGUAAAGCGCGAGGUGAAGAACAGAGGAUCCAUUAUGGCUUACGUCAAGGCGAUGGGUGUCUUGGGUUACGAUUUCAAUGGGAAGGAGGUGCAGAGCCUAUGCGGUGAUAGAAGACCAGACCACGCGGUGAAUAUAAUUGGUUAUGGAAAUUACAUCAAUGUGAAUGGUGAGAAGAGUUCCUACUGGUUGAUUAGAAAUAGUUGGGGAUACUACUGGGGUGAUGAAGGCAACUUCAGGGUUGAUGUAUACGCUCCUCCUGGAUGUCAACAUAAUUUCAUUCACACUGCGGCCGCGUUCAAUAACUACUACCUGAAAAGCUCCCCUGAUUCCUUUGGAAGCAUUUACUAUAACAACAUCGGUCCUAAGGACGAUUCCGCACUGAAGAAUCGAACAGGCGCGAAUCAAAAUUUGGCUGUACAGGGGAAAGGUAAACAUAGCGAGCUCUACAAGGACAGCGACCCUUCAGUAACUACUAACCCAGUUAGAGAACCGAAAGGAUCGCAAGAAGAUGCACCAGAAAUGGGGUACACAGGAAAAAGCAUCUUUGAGAAUGCCGAAAUAGAGGAAAUUAAAGGAGAGUUCAUAUCGAAAUCGCCAUUAACGUCUUUUGGGGAGAUAGCAUUGAGGGGAGGUAAAAUUGGGAAAAAACUACAUAUGGCAAUGGGUAGUAACAUUACUGGGUAUCAUAGCUCCUCCAGAUCUUUAGCGCAUAAUCCAGGGAAACGAACGGAGUGCAUACAGUUCUGUCAUAACGAAUGGAACAAUUGCAAAGAUGAUAUUUCUCCUGGUUAUUGUCUAGCGAAAAGGAGGAAGACGGGUGAUUGCUUCUUCUGCUACGUGUAA